UUUAUCGUGCAGAAGCUUCUCAUUUUUGUUCUGAAACUGCUGCUCUUCUUCUACUCAUCAAUGGUGAAGGAGACCGAGAGCGAUCGAAAAGAGCUCGGACCUCAGAUCUGAUUUCUAGUUCUCUUCGAAUCUUUGGUGCCUUCGCCAGCCAUCGCAUUGCUGAUUGCCGCCCCCUUCGCGCUGGCCUUUUGAAAUUGGUAUCGGGUGAGGUUAUCGCCCUGCAUUUAGCUGCCGAAGGAUGGAGAACUGAAGCGGAGAUCGAAGAUGUUCAAGGCGGCGCGAUGGAGGAGCGAGAAGAGCAAGACCAAAGUUGUGUUCCAACUGCGGUUCCAUGCGACUCAGGUGCAACCCACGGGACGGGAGGCGGUGACGGUGACCGUGAUACCAGCAGACGCCGGCCGGCCGACGGCAAGAUCGGAGAGGGUACCCGUGGUGGAGGGGGCCUGCGACUGGGUGAAUCCGGUUUUCGAGGCGGCUAAGCUUGUCCGGAAUCCAAAGACGGGAAAGAUGGAUGAGAAAGUCUACAGAUUUGUGGUUUCCGAUGCUGGAUCGGGCAAAACCAAAAUUUUGGGGGAGGCAAGCAUCAACCUAGCAGAUUAUACUGAUGUUUUCAGGCCAUCCUCUGUCGUUCUUCCUCUGAAGGGAUCGAACACUGGAGCUUCUUUACGUAUAUCCAUCCAGAGGCUGCAGGAUGAUGAUGAAGGAAGGGAAGGAAAUGAUAUUGAAGAAGCAACCAUGAAACGACAAAGAAGAACAUUGGAGUCUCAGUUAAGCAAGUGUGAUGAUGAGGAUGGUUCAGAAAUAAACAAUCAGGCUGCAGUCAGGUUCUCAUCAAGCAGGGGCAUCCCUCUCCACAAUGCUGAUUCCAAUGGAAACCUCCAAAAGUCACACACCUUCGAUGCCAUGUCAGCUUCAGGUUCAGAUACUGGUUCAGGAAUAUAUACACCAAGAGAGAAUGCUAUCGUGUUGUUGCCUCUUACCAACAAUGGCACUUCUAAAAUGAGGAUGUUCAGUUCAGAUGCAUCCACAAGAAGUUCCAGUGAUGAUGGUUUGCAUGAGAUAUCACAUGAUUCAGAGGACAGUUUUGAGAAAUUAAAGAGCGAAAUAGAUAUUUUAACUAGAAAAUUGGAAGUGUCAGAUCUAGAGUUGCAGACUCUACGAAAGCAAAUCAUCAAGGAGAACAAACGAGGGCAAGAUAUUUCAAAGGAAAUGAGUGAUCUACAAGAAGAGAGAGAUGCACUUAAAAGAGAAUGUGAUGAACUCAAGAUCUUAGAAAAGAGGAGAAAGUUUGACACAACUACCAGCUUGCAGCAUGACAGAGAUGAUCUUGAAGAAAUUCAGCAAGAGCUAGAUCAUGAGAAAAAUCGGAAUGUCCAUCUUCUCUUGCAACUAAAAUUGACACAAGAAGCAAACUCUGAGUUGGUGCUUGCUGUGAAAGAUCUAGAGGGAAUGUUGGAACAUAGGCAUAAUGAAACAUUAUCUGAUAAUUGUAGUAAAAUGGAAAUGAAAGACACAGUUAAUUUGGAUCUUAAAGCCACUAAAUUUGGUAAUGGAUCUUCACAUCUGCACAAAUCUGAAUGUAAGCAACAGAUACCCAAAACAAUUUCUGUAAGUGACAAUGAAGAGGAGUAUGCAUUGGUUGCACUUAUAAAUGAGCGUGAUGACAUGAAGUCUGCUUACUCAUUGGAGAAUAAGAUCAUUGAUCUCAAUAAUGAAGCGGAAUUUUACAGGAAAAAUUGUGAAGAGCUAGAAAUGCAAAUGGAACAACUUUCUCUGGAUUAUGAAAUUUUGAAACAGGAAAACCAUGAUGCCACAACAAAGCUUGAGCAAAUGCAACUACGUGAACAACUUAGGAUGCAAUAUGAGUGUUCUGCACAUUUUUCCAUUAUCAGUGAUCUUGAGUUACAGGUUGAGUUAUUGGAGAAAGAACUUCAGAAACAAACUGGAGUGAUUGAAGCGGAUCUAGCAACCAUCACACUAGCUAAAGUUGAGCAAGAGAAAAGAGCCAUAGUAGCAGAAGAGACAUUGAGAAAUACUAAAUGGAACAUUUCCAAGAGUGUCGAGUGUUUUCAAGAGGAACUCAGGAGUCUUUCUGCAUUUAUGUCAUCUACAUUUCAAGCUAAUGAGAAGACAGUCAUGCAAGCACUUAAAGAAAAUGCCAAGUUGCAAUCACAAAAAGGGAACUUGGAAAGAAUUUUGGAGAAAUCUAAUAAAGAUAUGGUGCUAUUACAGGAGAAGUACCGAGUGAAACUCAAGCAGCUAGUAGGUCUAAUAGGUAUCAAGUCAAGAGAUGUAGAAAUGUUGAGCUUGAAACUAAAAGAUAAGAGCAAAGAACUAGACAACCAUAAGUUAUCUGAGGAAGCAUUGCAAAAAAACUUCAUAAGAGAGUUGCAGUUACUCAAAUCUGAAGUGGCAACCCUCCAAGAUGAGAAAUCUUUUCUCUUGGAACAGAAUGGAGAAAAAGAAAAGUUGCUAGUUGAGAUGGAGCUACUAAGAAUAAAAUUCAUAGAAAGUGAGAUAUCUUUGCAAAACAGAAAUCUGGAAAUUGAUUUUCUUAAGAAAGAGAUAGAAACUUUAAGAGAGAGUCAGUAAAUCAUUGGUGAACAUAAAUGAUCUUAGGCAUACAAAAGAUGGAGAUGCUAUUCUUGAUACGAUGAAAUCCAAGGCACCAAACCAAAUACUAAAGCAGAAUUCAUUGAAGCAUGCCUCAAAUGGUCUUUUGGAGGAAAAGCAAAUGACUACCGACUUGGUGGAACAAAGUGAAUGCAACAAGACAACAAGUACAAAUGAUUCCAAUAAUUUUCAUCAGAUACCGAGAUUCACUAGAAACAAUGCCCAGUGCCAUUUGGAAUAUGUACAACAGCUGGAGGAAGACAAAGGAUGCGUACACAACAAAAAUGUCACAGAUAAAGAAUCACAGAGAAGGUUUGCAGAAUCUAAUUUAGAUGAAGACAAAUCAGUUUUUGUUUCUUCUGCCUGUGAUCAGAAGGUUAUGGAGAAAGUGUUAAGUGAAAUGGCGCUUCUGAAGGAACAAAAUGAAUUGAUGGUUUCUGAACUGAAAGAAAUGCAGGAAAGAUAUUCUAACAUAAGCCUGAAGUUUGCAGAAGUAGAAAGUGAAAGACAACAACUCCUCAUGACAAUACGAAGUCUUAAAAAUGCUACAAAAAAUUAGUUCCCCUUGUUCUGUUCUUUGUUUUGGUUAUUGAAAGGAGUUUCUUGUAUAGGCAAGCAAUUGGGAUGUACAACUUGGUAAAUCCAUCGCAAGGUACCUAUAGCUUCUUUAGCAAACACAAUGUGUAAAUUGAUAGCAUAUAAUUUCUUCAUCGAGUGCAAUAUAUUUUGCUGAAAUGUAGUGAUGUCAGUUGUGUUGACUUUGAGAUGAAUUAAUACAGA